AUGGAUGAGACGGCAAAUGUUACGAAUUGGAGACUGAGGGAUAUUUGGUGGAAAGUAUUUUUGUGGGGAGCAGCUUGUAAUGGUGUUAUAUAUGGGGUUGCUAUGAUAAUUGCAAUUGUUAACCUCCGAGCACAUAAGCUUGCGCGGAUAUAUGCGCCUGUGUUGAUGCUUGUCAUGGGACUGCUUAGCACUUUUACGGUGUUGCUCGUAUCAUCCCUCAUCGUUGCCUUCAUUUUCGAUUCAAUGGCGCUGUCCUUCAAUCAGCUCUACGCAUUUGUCUCUGGCUUUGUCUGCUCCAUCAUCCUCUUCAUCUUUUCCAUAAUUCGCUUCCCUGCAACGCUUUAG